GAGCGCGAUCUUGACGCUCGCGCGCUCCACGCGCAGAGUGAAAUGUGAACUCCGGGUGGACAGGGGGCGCUGGAUCGGGAGCGCGGCGCGCGCCUCCUGUCUCGCCGCUCGCGCGCCACCCUGGCGGUAGUAGGGCGGGAGCGGAGCGCGGCGGGUCACAGCAACACCGCGUUGAACGAGGAGCGGCAGCGUAGUAGCGCCGCGCACGGCUGAGUUUGUGACUCGGAGAGAAAGAAAGAAAGAAAGAAAGAAAGAGCGCUUUUUCGCAAAGUCCACGCGCCACCGAACUGCAAACAUCAUGGCCAUUCGCAAGAAGAACAACAAGAACCCGCCCGUGUUCAGCCACGAGUUCGUCAUCCAGAACCACGCAGACAUCGUGUCGUGCGUUGCCAUGGUGUUCCUCCUCGGGCUCAUGUUCGAGGUAACUUCCAAAGUGGCAGUUUUAUUCAUCACAGUCCAGUACAAUGUUACCAUCUCGUCAAAUGAGGGCUCUGAAGAAACAACUUUGAACUACUUCCAUCAUGGGCUGAAGGACCUGGCCACUGUGUUCUUCUACAUGCUGGUGGCCAUCAUCAUGCAUGCCAUAAUCCAGGAGUAUGUGCUUGAUAAAAUCAACAGGAAGAUGCAUUUCUCCAAGACCAAGCACAGCAAGUUCAACGAAUCCGGUCAGCUGAGCAUCUUCUACCUCUUCUCCUGCGUGUGGGGCGCAAGCAUCCUCACUUCAGAAAACCUCCUGUCCAAUCCAGUCAGUUUAUGGGAGGGUUACCCACACACGUUAAUGCCAUUCCAGAUGAAGUUCUUCUACAUCUCCCAGCUGGGCUACUGGCUACAUGCCCUCCCUGAGCUGUACUUCCAGAAAACCAAAAAGGAAGACGUUCCGCGUCAGCUGGUCUACAUAUCCCUAUACCUCGUCCACAUCGCGGGAGCCUACAUCCUCAACCUCAACCGCCUGGGUCUGGUUCUACUGGUGCUGCAUUAUUUUGUGGAGCUCCUCUUCCAUGUGUCACGCCUGGUCUACUUCAGCAACGAGAACAGGCAAAGCGGGUUCACCGUUUGGGCCAUCCUUUACGUGCUCGGCCGACUGCUCACCCUGUCCCUGUCCGUUCUCACCGUGGGCUUCGGCCUCGCCGGCGCCGAGCAGCAAGGCCUCGACUUGGCGGCAGGAAACUUCAACGUGCUCUUUGUUAGGGUCACCGUGCUGGCUGCCAUCUGUGCCACCCAGGCCUUCAUGAUGUGGAAGUUCAUCAACUUCCAGCUGCGCCGGUGGCGGGAACACGCGCAGCAGCAGGCCCAGAAAAAGAAGCCGGUUUCUGUGAAGAGCAAGGCCAAGAAGGACAAAACAAACGGUGUGAACGGCACCCUGAGCUCGAACGGAGCCGACUCGCCAAGGUCUCGGAAGGAGAAGUCCUCAUAAGCGUUCCCCGGUGUCCAGCGACCGAGUCUGCUGCCCUCUGCUCCAUUCCACGGCUCCAUCCGUUUUCGUCCUCAUCCCCCAACUCCUGUGGGACAUACCUGGAUCCAAACUCACUUUUACUUUGUUUUGUUUAAACUCCAGUCCAUAAAGAUGAAAAUACAGUGCCAUUGAAGAAAUACAUAAAAACUGAUUUAAAAGUGCCUAGGAGCACACAUGCUCUGCUUUAGCAGAUUCUCAAGGCUUGCUUUUUAUCAGGGGAAAGUCCCUUUCAGGUAGUUUAACGCUUUAGUCAAAUUUGCCCAAGGAAUUUCUAUGACGUCAUCCUCGUGCUUCUGAUACCCCUGCGAAUACCAUUAAAACUUUCAUAAGGAUUUAAAUUGAACAUUAAAUGAGUGAAUACCUGCAGCCUGCGCUCCGUUGUAUGCCAACCAGUUGAGCAUUUGGUUAUGAUGUGGUGGUGAUGAUCUGAAUGCUGUCAUACGCUAGCUGCUGGUUCCUGGGUGCCAAAGUUGUGUAGCUUGAAUGUUCUCGGCUCCUCUGCCAGAAACGGGCCUGCAAUUCCAGUGUUGCUAAUUAAUAAUUGGAGUCGGUGCCCAUCUGUUAAGAAUGAUUGAUGCUCGGUCAUUGUGGUAAUGGCUGCUCUUCGGUGCUUGUGUGAUAACCGUAAUGUGCUGUUACCUUCAGCAAAAAAAAGUCACUGAUGAGAUUGGUAUAUUCAUUCAUCAUGCGUUCAUCCUAACUCGCUUAGUCAGGUGAAUAUUGCAGACUAGCAUACUUUAAAAAAAAAAAAAAAAAUUCGGGCCCUUUUCUUUGCCAAAUACUUAAGGGAUGUUAUACAUUAUGAAACUGAAAGGGCUGUGUUCCUGAACAUGUUGUUACCUUGCAUUGUGUUGGAAUGAGUGUCCGAGUUUACUGACCAUAAUGACAAGUGCAGGUUGCAGUUCUGCCCAGACAAAGGCAGCUUCAUUUUCCUUAAUUUUCUGAUGUGGGAAAGUAGCCUGAAAUCCAUCUCAAAAGGGGGGAGUGGAAUUAAAGUGGAAGACAUUAGUUCCAAAUUUUUUAAAUGAAUUAAAAUGGUUACAUUUGAAGUUCUUAAGUGUGUUGAAUGAUACGGGCAUGUUUAAGUUACUCUUGCAUGGUAGCAUGAAGCAAUGAGAGCUGGUCUUGGGGUUCAGGGGGUUUCCACUUAGAUGAACCAGUGCCAUUUUUUUUUUUUUUUGGUUUUUCAAAACUUGAGUUUUCCUUCAAACUGAUCUUGAAAUUUUCAUGUAUGUGCUGCCAAGCUCAUUCAAGUAGAACUCUGUAUGCAAAUUGAGAAAACGGUUGUCACGUUUGGGGAACUGCUGUAACUGAUCGAGCAAAAGAAUUUUCACCCUUUAUUCUUUGACAUCCUUGUAUUGAUUGCUCUGAAGGAAACUAAAAGAAGAGCUGGCUGGUAGCCGCUGCUGAUGAAACCCUUGUUUUCUCAUUUUUGGUCCCUCUCAGCUGAAACUUUGUUCUGCAGAAAUGUGCAUGUUGAGGGCUGUUGAGCGAACGCUAUUCUCAGGAAUCGGGUCUGUUGGGUCAGCCCCAAUCUGCCCCCUCCCUUCUGAGGGGCAACUCUGUCUAGUCUUCAUUCUCUAGAUGCUUUCAGUGUCCUGGGUCUGCAAUGUGUCGUAAUUGUAUAAAGGGGGGAGAAGAAAAAAAAAAAAAAAAAAAAAAAAAAGAUUUAAGCCCUUUUAAUUAAGAUAUUUAUUGGCCCUGGAGAAGAUGUAGUCUUUUGCCACCUGGAAUCUCAAAAAUAAACAUCUUGUGUCUUCAGGUUUCAUCAAGUUAUUGCUAUUAAAAUAAGUUUAGUAAAGGCUUUUCAGUUAAGUAUAUUCAUCUUUUAUUCCAUCAUAUCUAUUAAUGUUGACUUUGUCUCGAGUCCAAGUCUGGAGUUGUUUGACAAUAAAUGUUUGUGUUCCCAAGUAGAAUUGCUACAUAUUGGGAGAUAUUAAUUUUUGCUUGUUCACACUGUUUUUUAAUGUCUUUUUUUUUGAUUAAUGAAAUUGCUAUUAAAGCACAAAAAAGCUUUCUUUUUUCAGCUACCCUCACUUCAGAGUUUGACAGGGUCGAGCCAGUCCAGUUCCAAAGGCUCACUUUGAUACUCUGGAGCGCUGAAACAUUUUUGUAAGACAUCCUCACCUGGACUUCAGGUGUAAACUGAUAAAUUUUGAGGAUAAUUUUGUAUAAUUGCAUAAAGUCAUUGCCAGCACAUGCUUCAAAAACAGAUGUUCAGGGGAGCAAAUUAUCAAAUCUAAAACUGUUUGACCUGGAAUGAAAACAAUGUGCUGUAUAUGUGUGCUGACAUAGCUAUGAGUUAUUGGCGGAAAAACUUUACUCAUUUGUACCUGGGCUGCCUAUUUUUAAAAUCUUUAUAUAUUUUUGAACAUUUUUAUUACUGCCAUGUCUGCUGCCAAAAAAAAAAACUUUACCAGUAUGUAUACAUGCACAUAAAGAGGGUAAAGCUGUUAAUAUAUUGUUGGUUUGUUCCAUAAGUACCCAUUUCCAGCGAAUAUUGCCACGCCAUGAGAUUUUAUUUUUGACCAGACUUGUGAGAACAGGAUCACGCAGACUAGUUCUGUAAAAUAUGGGUUUAUUAAAAUAAUUUCAUCCA